AUUAACACACACGAUCUCAAACAAAGCAAAAACAAAUAUGCUUAAAUUAGUCAAAAACCGAGCGCACUGAAUAACUGUUCACUCCGCCUGCCGACCACCACCAAGGAAACACGGGUUUUCCCAACGCUCCGUACCUCGCAUCACCGUCGACAUCGCAUACCGCGCCAUCAUGCCUCAGUACAAGCUCGUCUACUUCAAUGCCCGUGGUCGUGGCGAGAACGCCCGACUUCUCUUCGCCCAGGCCGGAGUCGACUACGAGGAUUGCCGUGUGACGUCAGAUGAAUUCAAAGCCAUGAAGGGCGACCUAGCAAAAUGUCCUCUUGGUCAGUUGCCUGUGCUCAUCGUUGAAGGUCACCCACCAAUGCCACAGAGUCAUGCCAUCGAGAGAUACCUCGCAAGGAAAUUCGAUAUGUACGGGAAGACUGCAGAAGAGACUGCCCGUAUCGAUGUGACGUGUGAAUGCGUGGCUGAUAUCUUUACCAGCCUUAUGAAGAUGUUCUUUGAAAAGGACGAAGCAAAGAAGGCCGAGCUCGGAAAGAGUUUUGUAGAGAAGGACUCGGUAACUAUGCUGACAGCCAUGUCGAAGAAAUUGGAGAAAGGAAGUGGAUUCUUCGUUGGAGACAAGAUAACCCUCGCCGACAUAUCAGUCUUCACUAUGACCGAAGUAAUUUUCAAGAGCAUGCCUAACGUAGCAGAUAUGUAUCCGGCCUUGAAGAAGUUCAAUGACCGCGUGAGAGCCGAGCCUAAGAUUAAAGCGUGGCUGGAAAAGCGACCAGAAACCAAUUUUUAAAUUCGCACAAAGACUUCACUUAGGGAAUGUAAUAUAUGCACUAUAAGACCUAGACAAAGUUAGAAAAUUCAUAAUUGCAAAAUAUCUUUUAAUUGUUAUUGAUGCUGUUUAUACCACUGUAUUUCCAAUUGGUGUCAAAACUAUUAGAUUAUUACUAAUAGUCCAGUUAUUAUUAUUAUUGUUAUUGUAAUAAUUAACAUUCUUUUUAUGUUAAUAAUAACAAUAACAAUAAUAAAGAUAAUUUUGGAACUAAUAAUGAAAAUAUAAUAAUCAGAAAAUGAAUAAUAGUAAUUAUGAUAAUGAUGAUAGUGAAAUUACUGUUGCCAUUAUUAUCAUUAUUAUAAUUAUUGUGAUUAUAAAUCACCCAGGCCUUUGACCUAGGGUAUCUUUAUUACUUUUGGUGAAUUGAUUACUGACCGGCUAUACAUGUUUCAAACCUGAAUAUGUUCGAGUAAUAAUAUUGACACACGCAUAUUUACAGGAAAAGGCCACAUUCACUGCCCAUAGUUUUUCUAAAAAUCCUCAUAUUUGCACGGGUGCCCGUUUUUUUUUAAUCAAAACACAAUUUACUCCAAUGUCAAUCACAACUUGAUUUUCAACAGAUUAAAUGUGAGUAUCAGGGACUUGUGCUUGAUUUUGUUCAGUUACGGUUGAACGCAGCUCUUUGAGCAAAAUGUCCCAGGGGGCUGUUUCAUAAAGCUGUUCGUAAGUUAAAGAACGACUGGUGAUCCUUUCUUGUGGUAAAUGAUAUUCACCAUUAAAUUUUCAUUGGUGAGUACUCGACGCGUAAGAAAGGAUCACCAGUCAUUCUUAAAGUCGAACAGCGUUAUGAAACACCCAACUGGAACGCAUACAGGGUCCCAUUUAGCGAUCAAUCGUAUAAUCUUGAUUUUCACGUUUGAUUGUCAAUCGCAGAAAAUUGUUCCACGAUGGUGGUUAAGCUUUGUGUUACGGGUCCCCGAUCGCAACCUUUUUGUUCACUUUGACAACAGGGUUUCAUUGUGAUUGUCUCUUGCUUAGCCUCGUGAAUUCUCCAAGGUGAAACCACUGCUAUAGAAGUAGAGGUAAUUGUUCAUGAUGUGUAAAUAGAUGUAUAGAAAUAUGGGGAAAGCGAGAAAGAAGAAGAGUAGAUAUUUUACACAAAACUGCUAUUGAAGUAAUAAAACAACUCAUAAAAUCAAA